GGACAAGUCGAAAUUUCGGAGCUAAACGUUCAGAACAUAAAAUUUUUAUUCCAAAUUAAACAGUCGAUAAUGUAAAUAAAGUACAAUAGUUCGCGGAUUUGAGAUAACGAAAUGAACUCUGCGCCAUUUUAAACGAUUUCACGUGAUUAUUCCAUGACAAAACAAACGAAGAACAAUUUAAAAAAACACCCAUACUUCCUACACCACAUCUUGAUAUGAAACUUCGAAUCUGUGUUUAGACGCUUUCUUUCAAUCGGCAUUUUAACAAAAACAUCACGCUCUCAAUUUGAUAUUCGAAACGCAAUUAAUUCGAUUAUUUAUUCAAUUUCGAAAUAAUCAGAGCACGAAAUUCAAAAACAAACAAAAGAAGAAAAAAAACUUAAAAUUAAGGGACUCUGUGAUUAAUAAGUAUGCGUGUAUUUGCUCGCAUCGAGAUGUGGUGUAGACGGCAAGCGAUCGCGGCUAUAUUACCGCUGUUGCUCACCGCGUGGUUCAUCGGGGAGUCGUCAGAGGCGCUGACGACGUUCGGAAAAAGCGUCACGCCACCACCUAAACCAGUAGGGCCAACCACCCCACCAGCCAGAUCAUGUUCUCAUCAGUCGGAAUGCGCCGGUAUUAGCGGCAGUUCGUGCGUUAGAACGCCUUACGACUCGGCGACCCGUUGCUUGUGCGGCGACAACUCGCCUCCCGUCAACGGGCAGUGUGAAGCGCAGACCAAAUCUCUGUACCACGUCUGCGCGACCAGCGACGAGUGCGGUGACGAAUUGAUCUGCGGCGUCCCGAACAUAACCUCGACGGCUCCAGCCCAUCUCUACGUCCACUCGCCCCAGGAGAAGAUCUGUCUAUGCGACACCGACAGCGGAUUCAAAGAGAAAGACCACGCCUGCAGCGACGCUGAUAUCCUGAGAACAUCUCUAUUCGCUAUCAUAAUCUUUUCGUGUUUAAGAAAACUAUUUCAAUAAACAAACAAACUUUAUGUCGGACACUAUAAUUAUUAAUAAUUUCGAGUACAAAUCGCACAGUUUUUUAUAUAAUGUUUCGUUUCAUUGUGAAUCUAAAGUAAUUUAGAAAAAUUGUUAAUUAAAAAAAAAAAAAAAACACGCAUCUGUAUCUGGCAACAUUUCUUCUACAGCUAUAUCAAGAUAAGACUUUUUAUGCGACCAUACAGUCUAUAAAUUACA